GUAAGGUAUCCAGGGCUUGGCCUGACAGCUUCUCCUGUCUGUCUCUUUGUUGUGAGCCCAGGACAGCAAAGUUUGUUGCUUGCCACCAGCCUUGCAGAGCUUGGACUGAACGCUAGGAAGGCAGAAGAAAGAGAAACUCGGUGCAGACUCCCACUGGAGCCCUUGGCCUCCUUCUCUUCCCAAACUGAGAAGGAGAGAGACCUUUGCCAGCGCUGCACUGAAGUCCAAGGGUUCCCCAAUGAAGGCAACUUGCUGGAUCCUGGCAGGCUUUUGCCUGCUUUUCUGCUGCAAGGCAGAAGAAGGACUGAAUUUCCCCACAUAUGAUGGGAAAGACCGAGUGAUCGACCUGCACGAGAAGAACUACAAGAAUGCCCUGAAGAAGUAUGACAUGCUUUGUCUGCUCUUCCAUGAGCCUGUGAGCUCUGACAGGGUGUCCCAGAAGCAGUUCCAGAUGACGGAGAUGGUACUGGAGCUGGCAGCUCAGGUCCUGGAGCCUAGGAGCAUCGGCUUUGGGAUGGUAGAUUCCAAGAAGGAUGCCAAACUCGCCAAAAAGCUAGGCUUGGUUGAAGAGGGAAGUCUCUAUGUCUUUAAGGAGGAUCGGUUGAUUGAAUUUGACGGGGAACUGGCCACAGACGUCUUGGUGGAAUUCCUCUUGGAUUUGCUAGAAGACCCUGUGGAAAUCAUAAACAGCAAGCUGGAGCUUCAAGCCUUUGACCAAAUUGACGACGAAAUCAAACUGAUCGGCUACUUCAAAGGAGAAGACUCUGAACAUUACAAGGCAUUUGAAGAGGCUGCUGAACACUUCCAACCGUACAUCAAGUUCUUUGCCACAUUUGACAAAGGGGUUGCUAAGAAACUGGGUCUGAAGAUGAACGAGGUGGACUUCUAUGAACCAUUCAUGGAUGAUCCUGUUCACAUCCCCGAUAAACCUUACACAGAAGAGGAACUGGUCGAAUUUGUGAAGGAGCACAAAAGAGCCACCUUGAGGAAGCUACGCCCAGAAGACAUGUUUGAGACAUGGGAGGAUGACAUGGAAGGAAUCCAUAUCGUGGCCUUUGCUGAAGAAGAUGACCCAGAUGGCUUUGAGUUCCUGGAAAUCCUGAAGCAGGUUGCCAGGGACAACACUGAUAAUCCUGACCUGAGCAUUGUGUGGAUCGACCCUGACGACUUUCCUCUGCUUAUCACUUACUGGGAGAAGACCUUCAAGAUUGACCUGUUCAGGCCACAGAUUGGGAUUGUGAAUGUCACAGACGCUGAUAGUGUCUGGAUGGACAUCAGGGACGACGAUGACCUGCCCACAGCCGAGGAGCUGGAGGACUGGAUAGAGGAUGUGCUUUCUGGGAAGAUAAAUACUGAAGAUGAUGAUGAUGAUGACGACGAUGAUGAUGACGAUGAUGAUGAUGAUGAUGAUGACGAUGAUGAUGACGACGAUGAUGACGACGACGAUGAUGAUGACUAACUGUGACUCUGUACAGUUUGACUUGUGGAGGCUGAGAGGCCUCCCCCUGUGGCAGGUCCCUUCAUCAGAAGACCUGUGUUUGAGCGUCAGCAAGCACCGCCUGCUCCUCCUUUCCCCCUUGCCCCGCUCCCCUUGCCCCUGCUGGGACUCCCGGCCUGAUUCUCAGAGGUGCUGAGCCACCAGGACUGCUACCUUGGUGGGUGGCACCAGCAGGUGCCCAGCACCGCUGUAAAUCAUGCCUCCGUAGAAAGGACAAUAGGAAUCUGUAGGGAACCUCCCCCAGUGCCCAGUGCAGGAGGAAAGCACCUGCAUGCUCACUGCCAGAAGGACACAGGGAGCCAGUUUGUAUUUUCCAUGCUCAUCAGCCCAUCAUGUACAUCCAAAGACCAAAUCUCACUCAAAACAGAGGGAAGGUCACUGUAAAAUUUAGUCCUUUCAUUAAACAAAAUGCCCUUUGCAGCUACUCUGCCAAGA